GGCAAAUUCACUAUCAUACUUAUAGCCAUCGUGAUCCCCCGGCGUGUGUUUGGCAUGUUUUGGCCGCGUGCUCAAUUGCUCUCCCACAUCAAGCAUCAUCAAACAUCGCUACUCCGGCCGUAGCUUGCCAUAUCUCAUAUCGAACUUCACCACUACGAUACCAUUUACAUAUACACAUCAACAGCAGCCAUGUCGGACUCCUCCUCCAUCGCUUCGGACUCGCCAGAGCAAAUCACACCCAAGACGUCGUCGCCUGUGAAACGCAAAGCCUCCGGAGCAGGCCUAGACGGCACAUCCACAGGCAGGCCGGUCAAGAGACGGGCAUCGAAGGCUUGCCAAUGCUGUAGAGCCCGCAAAGUACGAUGCAACGUCACAGAGCAUGGAGCUCCGUGUACCAACUGUCGCCUAGACGAGGUGGAUUGCAUAGUAUCGGAGAGCAGGAGAAAAAAGAAAUGGACCAAAGAACACGACGAUUCCUUCAGCAAGUCUGCCGUCCCCGAUGCAUCAACGGCACCGGCGACGGCGACGGCGACGGCAAAGACAAUUGCUCCGCUGCAUCAUCAUCCUCGCGCGCUCGCACAGCGUCGAGACACCAUCAUCGGCCUCUCCCCCUACCCACAUAGCGUCGAACCGCGGCAUCUCGACCACGUCCCACACUCAAUUUAUCAAUCGCACUCCCAGCGUGCAAAUCAUGGUUUCCAGGAUUAUAAUCGUCGCAUGUCCAUGGGCUCUGCGACCGUGCCAUCCCUCAGUUAUUCAAUUGCCCCAGAUGUUCGUCCGUCGUAUCUGCCGACGCUGGCUCCCAAGCUGCCUGCCACCCUGCUCCCCUUGUACAUGAAGCCUCUGCCUCCAAAGAUUGGACCAGAUGAGAUAUCAUAUCUGGAGAAGAAAGGUGCCCUUACUGUUCCCAGUGUGAAGCUGCGAAAUGAGCUGCUGUCCGCCUACAUCGACUAUGUGCAUCCGUAUAUGCCGCUCCUGGAGCUGCACGACUUUCUCGCCAAGGUUGACCGCGACGACGGCACGGCUGGGCAGGUCAGCCUGAUACUAUUCCAAGCCGUCAUGUUUGCAGGAUCAGCAUUUGUGGACAUGUCUCAUCUUCGCGCGGCAGGAUAUGCGACGCGCAAAGAGGCUCGCAAGGACUUUUUCCAGAGAACAAGGCUUCUGUACGACUUCGAUUAUGAUUCCGACCGCGUCUCGCUCGUGCAAGCACUGCUGCUUCUCACCUACUACUACGAAACCCCUGAUGAUCAGAAGGACACAUGGCACUGGAUGGGUGUCGCCACCUCGGUGGCAUACACGAUCGGUUUGCACCGCAAUCCUGAAAAGUCAAGCAUGGACCUAGCUAGGGUCAGACUGUGGAAGCGAAUAUGGUGGUCGACUUACAUGCGCGACCGCUUAAUAGCUUUGGGCAUGCGUCGUCCGACUCGCAUAAAGGAUCAGGACGCCGAUGUGCCCAUGCUUACCAUGGACGACUUCGAGAUCAGCGCCGUCCCUGACUCUAUCUCAUGCAUACCGCCUAGCUGUCAAUUCGCCCGCAAUGUCGACAAGCAACGGGAGCUGGCCGUCAUGUGCAUCGAGAAAGCCAAGCUCUGCGUGCUGAUUAGCCUCGUUCUCUCCAAGCAAUACUGCGUGCUGAAUAACCAGCAGGGCUUAGCCAAUGACCGCACCACCAUGAUGUUGCUACCUAAGCAGACAAACCCAGAAAAGUGUGAAGUAAAAGACUGUGAUGAGGAGCUCCAGAGAUGGGUCGAUGAGCUGCCGUUUGAGGCACGCUACACUGAAACAUUGACUGGUGAAAAUGUCAACGACCUCCACAAAAGUCUGCUGCACAUGACCUACUUCACGACGUUGUCAGCCCUGCAUCGUCCUCAGGUCUUGCCUGCCAUGCCUGUAGCAAAUCCGAGCGAAAGUGAUCCCGAGCUUCUUGAAAUAUCGAAGCUCAAAGUGCGACAAUCUGCGACAGCCCUUACUUCAAUUGCUUCGCAACUCGACCAGCGAGAUCUGAUCAAGUAUCUGCCCACCACCGGUGUCACUUGUCUUUUGCCUGCUAUCAUCAUUCAUUUGCUUGAUAUCAAGUCAACCGACGAGGAGACUCGACGUGCCAGCCUACGCGGCUUUACUCAAUGCAUGCAGGUGAUGGGCAAGCUUCGUGAAUUGUAUGCAGCAGCAGAUUAUUCCGUAGCCUUCCUCGAGGCUGCUAUUCGCAAAGCUGGUAUCCAGCUACCCACGAUGCAGCCAACCAGUCGAAACGGCACACCAGCACAGCAGCGUCCGACGCUCAAGCGCUUCAUUACCGUCGAAGACUUGGUCAACGCCGGCCGCAGUCUCGACCAACCAACUGUGCGGUUCUCUGACGCCCAAGCAACACCAGGCACAAACCUCACUCCACCCCCUGACUCCGACAACGAAAUGCUCGGCAAACAGGGCAUCAAUCCUAAUAUGCUUUCUCAAGGUGCCGAUCUCAACACCUCCGACGAAGAAGUCGCGCGCCGUCUCGAAUCCUUCCUCGCUUCCACGCCCCCCAGCACCGACGGUAGUGAGCACGACACUUUGCAGCCGGCUGGCAUGCAGAUGAUGAAAGACUACAAGGAUUUUGGCACCGGCACCGGCACUGGCACAUUCACACCGAACAUGCUGAAUCCCACGCAGCAGAUGAUGUGCCAGGACAUCUUCACCGGCCUCGGCAACGAGCUCGAAGACAUCGAGUUUGACAGUCUGCUCAACCUGGAUGCUGUUGGUGGAGAGACAUUUGCGAGCUUUGCACAAGAGAACACCAUGAUGCCGACUGAGCACGCAUACGGCGAGAUGGACUGGACGAAAGUCUUGGCCAGUUGAGCGUCACCGUCUCUCUAGUGUUGUUACUAAUAUUACGAUAUUCACACAUAUCGGGGCGCACUAAAAACGAUCUGAAACGAAUAUUCACGACUAUAUGCACGGCUUGUAACAACACCCGACAUGUAUCUU